CGGCCAGAUCCUGUGUGGCCAUCACCCGCAGCAACACGCGACUCACCACCAGCCUCGGCUACUCUGUUGCUGCUGCCGCGUCUUUUUCUUCUUCCUCUUCAGCACUCUUAUCCUCAGCUUCAACAUCACCAUCUUCUUCAUCAUCAUCAUCAUCAUCAAGACGUCCAUCAUCCCUCACGUCUCGUGCUCCCACCCUCUCCCAUGUCCGAUACAGCUCCCACUCCCCCAUGGGCUCCCAGUCCGGCCCUGCCCGCAAAAAGGUCACCAUGAGCACCAUCAAGUCGCUCUACCAAAAGGGCGAGCCCAUCGCCAUGAUCACUGCCCACGACUUCCCCAGCGCCUACGUCGCCGACCAGAACGGCAUCGACAUGAUCCUCGUGGGCGACAGCCUGGCCAUGGUGGCGCUGGGCAUGGAAGACACCAACGAGGUCGAGGUCGAGGACAUGCUGCUCCACUGCCGAUCAGUAGCCCGAGCCGCCAAGAGCGCCUUCACCGUUGGGGAUCUUCCCAUGGGCUCGUAUGAAAUCUCGCCCGAGCAAGCCCUGGCCACAGCCAUCCGCUUCGUCAAGCAGGGCAAGGCCCAGAGUGUCAAGCUCGAGGGCGGCAAGGAGUUUGCUCCCACCAUUCGCAAAAUCACCUCCGCCGGCAUCCCAGUCCUUGCCCACAUUGGCCUCACGCCCCAGCGCCAGAACGCUCUGGGAGGCUUCCGCGUCCAGGGCAAGACCUCUGCCGGCGCCAUGAGAGUCCUGGAAGACGCCCUCGCCGUGCAGGAAGCAGGCGCCUUUGCCGUGGUCCUCGAAGCCGUCCCCGCCGAGGUCGCUGCCCUCAUUACCCAGAAGCUGUCCAUCCCCACCAUUGGCAUCGGCGCUGGUAAUGGCUGCUCGGGCCAGGUGCUUGUUCAGAUCGACCUGACUGGCAACUUUCCACCGGGCAGGUUCAUGCCCAAGUUUGUCAAGAAGUAUGGCGACAUCUGGGGCGAGGCGGCCCGGGCUGUCGUGGCCUACCGGGACGAGGUCAAGAGCAAGCAGUUUCCUGCUCCUGAGCACACGUAUCCGAUGCCUGCGGAAGAGUUUGAGGCGUUUGCCAAGGCCGCAAAGGACCUGUGAGGGUGACGCCGAGCAUGAGAAAUUUGGAGCAGUGGCGUUUGUUUGGUUGCGUUGAUGGAACCCUCAUCCUGGCCCUGUUUGACUACUUGCGCCUCAGGUACCGCACCACCUCCUCAAACUUGCGCCCCGCCGAGAUCUUGCACACGUCCUGCUGCAGCGCCGGCGCCGACCCCACGGCCUUGAACUUGACGACGACCUUGCUGUGCGCGGGGAACAGCUCGCCCGCGCUGGCCAGGGCCGCCGUCGCAUCGCGCGGGAGGUCCGCGAGCAUCACGGACGCGCUGAGGGUGAGGGGGAUCUCG